UCUCCUUCAAUAAAUACAUUUUUGGGUGUGAAUACUGAGUUUAAGUGUGCCAUGAAACGUGAAAAAUUAGUUGGCACCACUGCGUUUUGGUUAUUUUGUUAAAAUAAUAAUGUGAAAAAAAACAUACCUGUUAAAAUUUCAAGUGUAUUCUCAAUUCCUCAGCUAAUUAUCGAAAUUUUCGUUUAUUUGAAUUGGAUUUUCCCGUGCGCAUGCGCAUUUAGUCUGUCAAACAUCUGUCAAACCUGUCACUCGAAAAAAAUUCCAUUGCAUAACACAUCUUUUGCGAUUGAGAAAAUGUGGAAGCCGACGAAAGUCCAAUCAUACCUGAAAGCGGCCAACCAAGUCGUGAGUAACAACAUCACGCCUUUGAAGCCCCCCGCCGUGAUAGCCCCGAAGCCCGUAACCUUGCUCCCCCAAACCCCCCAGUGCAGUUUCACCCUCAGCCAGCUCCUCCCCGAGGGUAAGGUGCGCGUUUCGAGUGGCCCCGCUGUGAGCACCCAAGUGCGAUGGGCCCACACCGACAUCACCGUCCCCGACUGGUCGCAGUACCGCCGCGACCCCGUCAAGGCCCCCACGGCCAAGAGCACCGACUCGGAAGACAGCCGCAAAAGCUUCACUUAUCUGAUCGCCGGCGCCGGGACUGUCGCCACCGCCUACGCCGCCAAAGCCGUCGUCACGCAAUUCGUCUCCUCGAUGAGCGCCUCCGCUGAUGUCUUGGCUUUGGCCAAAAUCGAGGUCAAGCUUGGGGACAUCCCCGAGGGGAAAUCGGUGACUUUCAAAUGGAGAGGGAAGCCCCUAUUUAUCCGACACAGGACAGCGGAGGAAAUCGCAACUGAGCAAGGUGUCAACGUAUCGAGUCUCAGGGACCCCCAACACGACAAUGAACGGGUCAAGAAGCCAGAAUGGUUGGUUAUUUUGGGGGUGUGCACCCAUCUGGGUUGCGUACCCAUCGCAAACUCGGGAGACUUCGGGGGGUACUAUUGCCCAUGUCACGGCUCUCACUAUGACGCCUCAGGGCGGAUUCGCAAAGGCCCGGCCCCCCUUAACCUAGAAGUACCCUAUCAUGAGUUCACCGAUGACAGCACCCUCGUAGUAGGCUAAUUAAAUUAUUUAUUGUGGGACUCCAGCAUCCAAUUUAUUUAAACAUUGUACUAUAUGUGCCAUAUCGACCCAAGGACGGCCAUCCUCUGUCACUUGAUGAAAGACAUAAUCCCUAAAUAAUUUGAGCAUGUAUCUGUCACCUGUCUCGGCCCAAGCCCCAUCCAUAUUCAAUCUAGGGGA